GUAGAGGAGAAAUGUUUGCUGUGUUUACUGUUCAGAUCGCUGUCAUGUUUGAAUCAGUCUUACUCUUGUAAUUGAAAGAGCAUUUAUUUAUAUUUGUAGGCUAUUAUAUUUAAACAACUAAAAACUGUAGGCUAUAUUAAGGUAACUUCUUUUAAUUGGUUUAUUUUGUUAUUGACCAAGAAUCCAGGUGAAAGUGUGAAGAGGAUUUUUUCCCCCCAUGAUUAUGAAUCAGUUUAGUGUUGUUAUGGUGAUUUGGGGUUUGCAUCAUCUCUACAUUGCCCAUGGCCAGGACUGCGCGUCGAGGCAUGAGAUGCAGAGCUCUCUGCGCCAGGUGGAGAAGUUGCUGUCAGCCCAGGAGGCCUCCUACCUGCAGAGCCUUCGCUCCCUGAGGAAGAGACUGAAUGCCCUAAUGAAUAUCAGUACCGUCAAACACACCACCAAGGCGCACAACGCCACCUGUCCUAAGCCUGAGAGCCUGGCUUACGGCAGGAGACUGGGGAGGGUGUUUCGUGUGGGCCACGAGGUGCACUUCGUGUGUAAGGCAGGUUAUGAGCUGCUGGGGCCCCAGACCAGAGUGUGUCUGGCGUCUCUGAAGUGGAGCGGCCAGCAGCCCACAUGCAGGGUCUUAAACACUGUGAGCAACAUCCCCGCCGCCCUUCCCACGCCGUCCUACUUCUCCUCCUCCCCCUCCCCCUCUUCCUCCUCCUCUAUCUCUACGUCCUCUGCCCCCCUCUCGGCCUUCGUUCGUCCAUCCCGCUGCACCCAGUUCCAGGGCUCCUCCCACUGCCUCUGUGAUGCAGGCUUCACCAUAAGCGGCCGCGACAGCAACAUCUGCACAGACAUGGAUGAGUGUCAGCUGUUCCCGCUGGCACAGCCUGGGCGCCUGUGUAUGCACACCUGUAUCAACACCCCUGGCAACUACCACUGUGUGUGCCCUAGCGGCUACAACCUGGCCAGAGACAACCGCAGCUGCAAAGAUAUUGACGAGUGUGAGAGCAGACUUCACAACUGCACCCAGGACCAGGUGUGUGUGAAUACGUACGGGGGGUUCCAGUGUGUGCAAGUGGAGUGUCCUCGCAUCACAAACGCCACGUACAUCAAGACCUCUCCUAUGCGGUGUGAGAGGAACCCGUGUGUGAUGGGGGACAAGGCCUGCACCCAGGCUCCCAACUCCGUCUCCUUCCACUUCAUGCCCGUGGUCUCCAACAUGUCCGCACCAAGGGUGCUCUUCCGGGUGUCUGCAGCCCGUGUGCUGGGUGACACGCUGCGCUUCAGCCUGCUGGGGAGUCGCGGCCGCAGCCACUUUAGCAUGCAGCGCUCUGACAGGCAGACGGGCACCCUGCUCCUGGUGAGCCCUGUGCAGGGCCCAGCUACACUGGAGGCAGAGGUAGAGAUGAGCGAGCUGGAGAGACAAGCCCUGCUGGGACGCUACCUCACCAAGGUCACCCUUUUCGUCUCCCCCUACGGUUUCUAGAGUGAUGGAAAGGAAGAAGGGAGGAGGAGGGGGUGAUGAGAGAGCACUGUCAGGUGUGGAACUGGAGGAGCAAAUCGAACCACUGGGAGAGCAUUGUGGAUAAUGGCGAAGGGGAGGCCUCUGUGUAGAUGGGUGUGGGUUUUUGCGGUCCUUUACAGGAAGUCCUGAACCAGCCAUACUGUUAAUGUGGAUGUGUUUUCUCCCUUUGCCUGUCAGUAGAGGGAUCAUAGUAAUGUAAAUAGUGGUUUAUAAACAUUCCUCAGGCUUUAGGCUGCUCUCUUGUUAUCACCUUGGAGAAUUUGAGGUAUUUGUAUGAGUAAACCAGAAUGGUUUGGUGUGUUUAAUUUCAGUGGGGAAUACAAUGUGUUUCUUUGGGCUAUGGAAUCUGUAGCUCUAAUAUCAAAGGCAGACCACCACAUCAGCUAUAAUGCAUAUACAUGAGAAAUGUAUUAAGCAUUUCAGUGGUCUAUAUUAAAUGUUUUGUACAUGUUCGGUUUUGUGUAAGGGAUUUGUGAUUGCAGGUCCUCUUCAAACUAUAUGUACUGUACCUUUCUUCUUUCUCAGUUGUUACCAUUUUGGUUUAUUGGAUAUUUCCUGAAUAGUUCAUAGAAUAAAAAUGGAUCCAUUUACCAAUAUAGCAUGUAAUGCUUCACUGUGCAUGUAAUCAAACAUCAUAUUGUAUGCCAGGGCU